AUGCGGAUUUUUUGCCACUUACGGUAUGCAUUGUUUAUGAUCAUGUUUGCAUCAUGAAUGUUGUUAACAGGUCCUGAGACAAAGGUGAGAAGAUGCUAAAGACAUGGUAUUCUUUUCUGCUGUGUUGGCUGUCCUUGCAGCUUGAGGCUAAUCCUGGUCUUAAAGUGAGGAUUACUCAGAAGGGGCUGGACUACGGCAGGAGGAUUGGGAUGGAGCUCCUGAAGCAAGAAGUACUGAAAGAGACUUUCCCAAGCUGGAGUGGGCAGGAGAGUUUCUCGGUUGUUAAGGUCAACUAUGUCAUUUCAAGGCUGAGAAUUAAUGCUGUACAUUUCCCAGAGUCUUCUGCUUCCUUUAUUCCUGGCACUGGCAUCAGUCUGUCAGUGGCACAUGCUUCUGCUACUAUCAGUGCAGACUGGAAAAUGAAUGCAUGGCUGCUCAAAGACCAAGGAGGAAUUACGGCGUCAAUCUCAGGACUGUUUAUUGCAGUUGUCAUCAAAGUGUCACGGGAUAGCACAGGCCACUUGUCCAUGUUGCUACACAAUUGCCAGACGAGCAUUAAUAGUGUAAAAGUCAAGUUAAGUGGUAAAUCUAGCUGGAUCUACAGCUUUCUAUCUGGUUACCUUGAGAAGCCCGUUCACACCAAAUUGAAUAAAAAUCUAUGCAUAAAUAUCAGAUACAAAAUCCAGAUGAUGGAUGCGCAGCUUAGAAAGCAUAAGGUCUUAAACCAGAUUGAUGCCUUUGCACAAAUAGACUAUUCCCUAGUUAGUUCUCCUGCAGUCUUCAAAUCACACAUGAACUUGGAUUUGAAGGGCACAGUCUAUCCAGUAGGCAACCGCACAGACCCUCCCUUUGUGCCAGCUCCAUUUGCUCUCCCAAACAAGGAUGAUUCCAUGCUAUACCUGGGAGUUUCCAGUUAUUUUCUUAAGUCUGCUUCACUGGCUUACUACAGAGCAGGGGCCUUUAACAUCACCAUGUCCAAAGAGCUUGCUACAACUUUUAACCUAAAUACUGCCCUAUUCAAAGAUUUCGUUCCUGAGAUUGCCCUGAGUUACGUAACAGCAUGCCCAAUGCUGCUGAAGCUGAUGGCUACCUCACCCCCUGUUGUCAGUUUAAAUGCAGACAGAUGCAUCCUACAUAUCACUGGCUGUGUGGAAGUGUUUGCUGUUCUGCCAUAUUCAACCACCCAGUACAUCUUUGCAGGAAACCUAACAGCCAGUACCAGAGUCUAUUUGACAAUAACCAAACAGAGGCUGAUUAUCUCAUUACUUCUGAAGAGGCUCCACUUCUCCCUGCUGCACUCCAUUCUUGGUUUCUCUGAGCAAAUGUCCUUGGCAGAGAAUUUCCUGUCUUAUGCCUUGCGGAGUGCAGUGAUCCCAGUAAUCAAUGACAGGAGGAAAUAGAAAAUCAGCUCAGUGGGAUGCAGAGAGUGAGGGAUGAUGAAGAAGUGAAGGUGGAAAGAAGCAGGUGGAAGAGUACAAGAAGAUACCUAUGAGGUAAACAGAGGUGAGGAGACUGCUGAAGAAGCAAGUGAGCUUUCCUCCUUUGAUGAGGAGAAAGGAGAUAGAAUCAUAGAAUUGUAGAAUGGUUGGGAUUGGAAAGGACCUUAAGAUCAUCUAGUUCCAACCCCCUGCCAUGGGUAGGGAUGUCUCACCCUAGAAUGAAAGGGAGGGAUGCAAGAGAAAAAGAGAAGCAAAUAGAAAUAGAGUUGAGCUUGAUCCAGAGAUUUGGGAAUACAUGACAAUAGGAGAGACACACAGGAUUAGAGGGUCAGAUUGAGAAGAAAAUGAAAAGAAGGUGGAGAACAAGUCUGAAUGGCAAAAAGCAGAAACCAGAUCUUGUGGCAGAUCCUGAAGAGGAGCAAGGGCAGGUCCCAGUGUCAGACAGCCAAGAGAUUUGAAGAGAUUUGUAUGCAACUUUUCUGUAGGAUUUUUUUGCUCUUGCAAUAGCUCCCUUGAGAAGCAGAAGGGCAGCUGGUUAAAGGGAAAUUGCAAAACAAACUGAGUUCCUUGAGAAAGAUGUGUCUGAUGUGCAUUUCGGAAUUACAUUCAAAUGGAUUUAUAUAUCUUCUUUCCAAAGAUAAACUGGGAAAAGGAUUUCCUCUCCUUAACUUGGCCCACACUACCUUGACUGGACCUGUAAUAAAAAUGAAUCCGGUGAGAAGACCAAUUUCUUGUUAUAGAAUACUGGUUCUUUGUCAGGCCUGUGCAUUUUUAUGUGUU